AGUUGCUCGAGAUAGGCUGUAGCGAGGAUAGGCUUGUUCCAGCCGCGACUGCCCAGGCAAUGGAAGAAACAGAACUGCUUGUAUCUUCGCUUCAGGUGACAGGCGCUGGCAGCACAUCCCAGUCUGAUCGUCAAGAAAUGUGCUUUCAGCCGCGCCCAAGUGACUUGCGUUCGGGAUCUGAAACCGAGGGCGAACCCGACAUCUUUGCGGCAGGCGAUCUGCGACUUUGUGGAUGGCCACAUUCCAGCAGUCACCUUCCGCUCUCAGCUGCAGCGCUUCGGCGUGGCGCUGACCCCAGACCUCGACAAGAUGAUCCGCACCCAUGAGGGUGACAGCUCCGUGCGGUUCCAAGACUUCGCGCGGCUGAUGCUGCGGCAGGACAGGCCCGCCACCCCACGGUCCGUGUCCAGCGGGUACCGCAGUGCGACGCCUCGCAGCGAAGCAAUGUUUGCCCCGCGCAGUCCCGCCAGCUCCUCGGCGCCCUUCGCCACAUGGGAUGUCCAGUCCCAGGCGUCCCAGGCGACUGAAAGUUCCCGGCGGCGUCAGGUAGAGCCGCCCUAUGCUACGGGGGAGGCGCAGCCGUCUCAUGCGGAGCGACUCCCAGGCCGGGAUAUCCUCGGCUGGAACCACGCGCCCUCCCGGGAGGAAGCACAAGGCCCAUUGGGGCGCCGGCACGUGGCGGCCAGCUCAGGCCAAACUUUCCUCCACUGGCCAGCAGAAGGAGUCCAGGAAGCUGCAGAGCGACCCGGGAGGCGCUUGUACGGACCUGGACUCUCAGCGUCUGAGUCAGCACCAUUUGGUCGGUCCAGCGACGUCAGCCGGUAUGCUCCAGAGCUGCGGAUGGCUACCGCUCCUUUUGGCACGGAUCAGGACCUCGGCCUUCGCCGCCCUGAGGAUGCAGGCACCGAUGAGUACCGAGCAGUUCAAGGUCUGAGGCGCUGACAGGGCAAAAUGCCUUGUCACAGCCAUUGCAAGUGGCUUUUGGGAAAGGCCAGGCAGAAAG